CAGGCAGGGCAGAGAGGCAAUCAACCCUUUAGCAAGAAGGAGAGGUCAGAAUUGCUUACAAAUCUCCAAAGAGGGUGAACCCACCCAAAACCCUUAUCCUAUCUUUGAAAAAUAACCAUUUGCAAGAUUUCAUAUUUCCUCUCUCUCUCUCUCUCUUUCACUAAUAAUUAACUUCCUUCUCUACUUUUGGUUUCCUACUCUGCAUUUCCUUUCUUGCUAUCCUUCUUUUUAUUUGGUUUCUUUAUUUGCCAAUCCUUAACCUUUCUACUAAUUUCUUCCAAUGGUUAUCUAAAAAUUUUUUGGUUCAGAUUCUUUUUCUAAUAUAUAUAUAUAUAUAUAGCUAUAGCCUUUUGUAUUCUUUUGUUUUUCCUUUAAAAGAUCAGAAAUGGCCCCAAGGUCUGGCAGAGGCAAGUCAAACAAAGCUAAAGCAGAGAAGAAAAGGAAAGAAGAGAAAGUGGUAGUUCCCAGUCUUGUUGAUAUCACUGUCAUAACUCCAUACGAUACUCAAAUUGUCCUCAAGGGUAUCUCCACUGACAGGAUCCUUGAUGUGAAGAAACUAUUGGCUGUGAAUGUAGAAACAUGUCAUAUAACCAACUACUCUUUAUCUCAUGAAGUUAAAGGGCAAAGGUUGAAUGACAGGGUUGAGAUUGUUGCUUUGAAGCCCUGUUUCCUGAGAAUGGUUGAAGAGGACUAUGCAGAGGAAGCUCAUGCCGUAGCUCAUGUGCGGAGGCUUCUGGACAUCGUGGCCUGCACCACCAGGUUUGCCAAGCCCAAGCGACCAAGGCCAUCAACGCCGCCAUCAGAAUCAAGGUCCAAAAAAUCUAACACUAGUACUAGGCCCCACCACAGCACAUCAACACCGUCUGAUGUCAAUGGGUCCCUUACAUCAUCUUCUCCGUCUACAACAUCGUCAUUAGGAACGCUGUCUGUUUCCGCGGCGGUAUCGGAGAAUUUGGACAUGGCCGCUAUUCAUCCGACACCAAAGCUUUCAGAUUUCUAUGAAUUCUUCUCCUUCUCUCAUCUCUCCCCUCCCAUCCUCAAUUUGAGGAGGUGUACCAGUAAAGAUGGAGAGCAAAGGCGCGAAGGUGACUAUUUUGAAAUUCAGAUUAAAAUCUGUAAUGGGAAGCUAAUUCAUGUGGUUGCAUCAUCAAAGGGGUUCUAUACUGUGGGAAAGCAAUUUUCCCAAAGCCACUCCUUGGUGGAUCUUUUGCAAAAUCUUAGCCGAGCUUUUGCCAACGCAUAUGAUUCCCUUAUGAAAGCUUUCGCAGAGCAUAAUAAGUUUGGCAAUCUUCCCUAUGGAUUUCGUGCAAAUACAUGGCUUGUUCCCCCACCUGUUGCUGAAUCUCCAUCAAAUUUCUCAUCCCUACCUACGGAAGAUGAGAGUUGGGGUGGCAAUGGUGGAGGACAAGGAAGAAAUGGUGAAUAUGAUCUACGGCCAUGGGCCACAGAUUUUGCAAUAUUGGCUAGCCUACCAUGCAAGACUGAGGAGGAGAGAGUGACACGAGACAGAAAAGCCUUUUUGCUUCAUAGCCAAUUUAUUGAUGUUGCAAUUUUCAAAGCUGUUGGAGCAAUACGCUGCCUCAUUGAUUCCAGUUUAAGUGCAAGAGACUUGGUUUCAGGUUCAAUUCUGUCUGAAGAACGUGUAGGAGACUUGUCCGUUGUUGUAAAGCAUGAUGUGGCAGAUGCAAGCUUGAAGUCUAGAGAAAAAGUUGAUGGCAGACAAUUUUCUGGUAUCUCUGCUAAGGAAGUUGCUCAGAGGAAUUUGCUUAAAGGGGUAACUGCAGAUGAGAGUGUAGUUGUUCAUGAUACUUCUUCACUGGGUAUUGUCAUUGUGAGACAUUGUGGUUACACUGCAACAGUGAGAGUUGUUGGUGAUGUGAAGAAAAGAAACAUUGAGGCCCAAGAUAUUGAAAUUAAUGAUCAACCAGAUGGAGGAUCCAGUGCUCUAAACAUUAACAGCCUAAGGUUUCUGCUUCAUAAAUCUUCUUCUGCGGAAUCAUCUGGGGGUCAGUCACCUCCCUUCACCUUCGCUGAUUCAGAAGCGUCUAAACAUCUCAUUCGACAAGUAAUUAAAGAGAGUUUGACCAAGUUGGAGGGGAUGCCAGUUGCUUCUGAAAGGUCCAUCAGAUGGGAGCUGGGUUCAUGUUGGUUGCAACAUCUGCAAAAGCAGGAAACUCCAACAGAUACUAAUUCUAAACACUCUAUUGAGACUGAUCAUGCUGUGAAAGGUCUUGGAAAGGAAUUUAAGUUUUUGAAGAAAAGGGAUAAGAAGCCUACUUUAGAUAGCACCCCUGAGAAGGAAGAACAUAAAACUGCUCGAAGCAAUCUAAAUAUGAGAACUGAUGAAGCACAGCAUGACACUGGGGAUUCCAACAGUGAAAAUAAAUUGAAGGAAUUGAUUUCUGAAGGAGCCUUCUUGCGCCUGAAAGAGACUGGAACUGGCCUUCAUUUAAAGUCAGCAGAUGAGCUUAUCCAAAUGGCAUACAGAUAUUAUGAUGACAUUGCUUUGCCAAAGCUGGUAACAGACUUUGGCUCACUUGAACUUUCCCCUGUUGAUGGCCGCACGCUGACCGAUUUCAUGCAUUUAAGGGGUCUGCAGAUGCGCUCUUUGGGGCGGGUGGUUGAAAUGGCAGAGAAGCUUCCUCACAUACAGUCCCUUUGCAUUCAUGAGAUGGUUACUAGAGCUUUCAAGCACAUAAUUAAAGCAGUUAUUGCAUCAGUGGACAAUGUAGCAGACCUAUCUGCUGCAAUUGCUUCAUCCCUAAACUUCUUACUUGGAUCCUAUGGCAUGGAAGAUAAUGACCAAAAUAUGAAGGAUGAUUAUGUUCUGAAAUUGCAUUGGCUACGAACAUUUCUUUCCAGAAGAUUUGGUUGGACGUUAAAAGAUGAAUUUCUGCACCUGAGGAAGUUUUCAAUUCUUCGUGGACUUUGUCAUAAGGUUGGCUUGGAGUUGGUUCCAAGAGAUUAUGAUAUGGAAUGCCCAAACCCCUUCAGGAAAUUCGACAUUGUCAGCAUUGUUCCUUUGUGCAAGCAUGUAGGAUGUUCUUCUGCAGAUGGUCGAACUUUAUUGGAGUCAUCCAAAAUUGCUCUUGAUAAAGGAAAGCUAGAGGACGCGGUUAAUUAUGGAACGAAGGCUCUAGCAAAGAUGAUAGCUGUAUGUGGUCCCUAUCAUCGAACUACUGCAAGUGCUUACAGUCUUCUUGCUGUAGUUCUUUACCACACUGGAGAUUUUAAUCAGGCAACUAUAUAUCAACAGAAGGCAUUGGAUAUUAAUGAGAGGGAACUUGGGCUUGAUCAUCCAGAUACAAUGAAAAGUUAUGGAGAUCUUUCUGUGUUUUAUUAUCGCCUUCAACAUAUCCAGUUGGCUUUGAAAUAUGUGAAUCGUGCUCUUUUCCUUCUUAAUUUUACUUGUGGACUAUCCCAUCCAAAUACUGCGGCAACAUACAUCAAUGUGGCUAUGAUGGAAGAGGGCAUGGGAAACGUUCACGUGGCUCUGAGGUUUCUGCAUGAAGCUCUGAAGUGCAACCAGAGAUUAUUAGGGGUGGAUCACAUACAGACAGCUGCAAGCUACCAUGCCAUAGCCAUAGCUUUGUCAUUGAUGGAAGCAUAUUCCCUCAGUGUCCAACAUGAGCAAACUACACUUAAGAUACUUCAAGCAAAACUUGGACCUGAGGACCUCCGUACACAGGAUGCUGCUGCGUGGCUUGAAUAUUUUGAAUCUAAAGCUCUAGAACAGCAAGAAGCUGCACGAAAUGGAACUCCAAAGCCAGAUGCAUCCAUUGCAAGUAAAGGUCACCUUAGUGUAUCAGAUCUCUUGGAUUACAUUAGUCCUGAUCAAUAUUCUAGAGGAAGCGAUACACAGAAGAAACAGCGGCGCCUGAAGGUACUACAGAUUAGUGAUAAAGGCCAUCAAAUUCAUCAAGCUGAAAUAGUUGAACAUGCUGUGCUCCGUGAUAGAUCUGAAAAUGCAGCGUCUUUGGCCAGUGAUGGCACAGAAGAAUUGAAGGUGGACAUGAUUCAAUGUGAAGAAUCAGAAGAACAAGAAAAUAUCACUGCAUACAGAACAACAGUUACAAGUGAAGCUGUUGAAGAAACAGCAUCAGAUGAAGGAUGGCAGGAAGCCAAUCCUAGAGGGCGGUUGGGGAAUGCUGGUGGGAGGAAAUCUGGUCGCAGGAGACCAUCUCUUGCAAAGCUAAACAUAAAUGGUUCUGAUUACUCUAGAGAAAGCAACUACAGGAGGGAAACCAUUUCGCCAGCUCAAAAACCACAUAAGCAAGCAAAAACACGUGGGAUGGGUGUCGUGGAGGAUUCAAUUAAACAACAGGCAAAAGCUUGUGUUCCUAAAACACCAUCUUCUGUGGCAAACCUCACUGCUAUGGCUUCUAAAUCUGUAUCAUACAAAGAAGUGGCUUUGGCACCACCAGGUACAAUUUUAAAGCCAUUACUGGAGUCAGUAGAACAAUCAAAUGAGAAAAAGACUGAAACGCAGACAUGCAGCACCCUGAAUGAGACAUCAGAGGACAGCAAAAAUGUCUCAGUUGUAGAUAAUGCACCAGAUGAUGCUGAAGUCAAUGGAAUUCAUGAUACUGGAAGUCAAGCAGAAAAAUCUGGAUCUGAACUUGAUGAGACUCCUACUUCCAAUGAGGAUAAGUCCAGUGAACCAAACGGAAGUAAGCUUUCAGCCGCAGCUGAACCAUUCAGUCCUGGAGCACUCUCCAUGGUUCAUUUGCUAAACUCAGUUGCCAUGACAAGCAUUUACGAUAUAAGAGCUAGUCAAGGUAUGCUUGCAGAGCCAGUGGCACCCCCACUUGCUGCUAGAGUUCCAUGUGGACCUAGAUCACCACUGUAUUAUAGAACCACUAGAUCUUACCGCAUGAAACAAAAUUUACUGAAAUACCCAACUCCCGUUGCAAUACCUCCUAGAAGCAUGAAUCCACAUGCGCCUGAGUUUGUACCUGGGAAAGCUUGGCAAACAAAUCCUGGAGAUAGAGAUUUGAGUCCGAGCGAGUCAAAUGCUUCGCUAGAGAAGAGCAAUAUGAAGGAGUUAGGUAAGGAAUCCAACAACGAAAAUGAUCGUAGUUCUAAAAAGACUACCACUGAGACUGAGAAGGCAGAACUUGCAAGACAGAUACUUCUGAGCUUCAUUGUGAAUUCGGUUCAGCAGAAUGCUAAUACUGGAAGUGAGCCUGCUAUCAGUGAUAAUAAGUUUGACAGUUCUGAAAGUUCUUCAGAUGCAAUUGCACAUGACAGUGCAAUUAUAAAAAUUCUUUAUGGAAAUGAAGAAAAGACAAACCAAGAUUCUUCAGCCAGUGAGCAUGAACAGUCAAAAGCAACAGAUGUAAAUAAAAAGAAAAAUAGUGAUAGUGAAGGAUUUAUUGUUGUAACAAAGCGGAGAAGGAACAGGCAGUUUGCAAAUGGGGUAACUGGGUUGUAUAAUCAACAAUCAAUUUGUGCUUCUGUUCGUUGAAUAGAAAAGAGAGAGAAAAUAGAGAUGAAAAAAAAAAAAACACAGCGGAGAAGUGCUGUUCUUGUUAUACAGUUUUUUUCAGUUGGACAAAGCCCUUCCUGUCUUCUUUUAACACUAUAAAUGGUUGAAAGACAAUGUAGAAGUGAGUUUCUUGCCUUGAUCUGUAUUUAAUUUUAUUGGGUUAUUGUCCAUCUUGGUACAUUCUAUAAUCGAUGUAAAAAUCUCAUUUUUUCUCUGUUUUAGAGAAUUUGUUUGAUCAAUAAAUGCCAAGUUUCAUUA